UGUAGGAAGGCUUUUUCUUUGAGUCUACUGUAUUGAAAAACAUAUCAAAAGGGAAAGCCAUUUACAGUUUCUCAAAUACUCCAAGUGAUUGAUACGAAAAGUGCUGCCUCUCAGUGGAGUUAUAUAAGUGAACACUUUAUGGUGGAAAUGGAUGCAGGAGUUAAAAGACUUCCAAUUGCUGCAGUGGGAGAGAAAAUGCCAAAUGUUUUGCUAGUUGGUUUGAUGAUUGCGAAACAGAGCCCUAGAAAAGUAACUUGCAAGUCAGGUUCUUCAAGUUCUGAGAGGUCAGUUUGGAAUUUUACAUUGCGGGACUCACCAUAUGAUUUGAUUAAUGCCACAUUCUGGGGCUCUCCUGAAUAUAUACAGAAUGUCUCUGACAAGUUUCAUACUGGUGAUGUUGUGGAAAUUUCGAAACCCAAAAUUACUCUUCGUCACAGUGAUGGGCAAGAAGACAGAUUUUCUCCAUCUGUUACAAGCCCAUUCCAACUGAUUUUGUCAGAAAAAGAGUCUGUCAUGGUUCCUCAUGAUAUGGAAUACUGUGAUGAGUUCCUUCCUCUCCUGCAUCUUCCUACCAAGCCACCUGGUGACUUCUUCACACUAGCUGAUGUGUACCAUAAUGGAACCAGCAUACGUGGUGAAUUUGUCAAUCUGCUGGUUGCUGUUCGUGAUAUUGGACCCAUAAGGCGCAUCCAUACAAAGUACGGUCGUGAUAUAGAUUGUCGAGAUGUUAUUGUGUUUGACCAGACUAAUACAGGAUUACCUGUUUCACUGUGGAACACUGAAACUGUACACCGUGCAAAAAGUUGGAGGCCUCGUGAAAGUGUCCUGUUCCUCGCUGAUAUGCGUCUGGAGUGGAAUGCAUUUCGUCGUGGGAUGGUGGCAUCAGACGGACCCCGUUCUAUUGUGACUGAAGACCCUGAAACCCCUGAGGCAGCAGCUCUGAGGAUGUAUGCUCGUAGUGCUCCACUCAGAGCCAGUGCUAUUCUAGCUCAGCUUGCAAGCUCCAUUCCAGAUCCGAGCUCAAUCACUAAUGUGAUGACAGUGCAGCAGGUUCUGGACCGAGCAUCAGCAGGCAGUGCAGACAAUUCUGGUGGUGAUGAUUCACAGUUCACUGCACUUCUCUACUGUCUUCUAACAAAAUAUGAUCUGGAUGGCUGUUCCCAACUCACCAUCACAAAGUGUGCUCAGUGUCAGAUGCCAGUACAGGAUAUGUGCAUUAAUCUGGAGUGCCCUAUUGGCUGUGGAGCAGAAUUACCAAGAUAUGAUGUGGCCUUUGAUCUUCGUAUCAAAUUGUCUGACCAUACUGGCUCUCUUGAAAACAUUCGUCUUUCUGGAGUUGCAGCAGAACGUGUGAUUGGAUGUAAAGUUAAUGAAUUCAUGGCCAUGCCUCUUGACAUGAAGACCCAUCUAAAAUGGAAACUGCUGCUUGAGCGUUGCGCUGCUAGGAUCUUGGUGUUACGAUCAUCAUCAGACCGUCCCCGUCCUCUUAUAUCCUUGCUCUCCUGCACCAUGGCAGAUCCUUCAGAGGCAGCUGCUUGCAUUCCGGUUUACUGACUUCAGUUCAGUUCACCAUUCAAUGUAGUUUAUUCUGUUUAAUAUUAACAAGAUAGUUACUGCUUCUGGAGUUCAGAAUUCCAUUUCUAAGAAUGAGAAAUUCAAUUUAAGUUUGAGAAUGUUGUAAUAUAUUAUUUCAGAAUAGUUACUUGAUACUGUUAUUAAUUGGAGUUCAUAUCAAGAUGAAGAUACACACACCACAAAUAAAUGUCUGGAUUAUAUCUCAUAGUUAUAAAACAGCUAAGUAUUUACUUUACUUUACUUUGUGAACUUGUGAAUUUCUGCUGUACUGAAAAAGUCACAAUAUGUACACUAACCUACAUGUAGAGACCUAUCAGGUUUUUAUUAUAUGUGAAGAGUAAGUUUGUUACGACAAUAAAAUGUAAUCUUUCACAUUU